AAAGGUCUACUAGAACCUGCAGGCUACCUGGCAGCUAUUUCACUCUACAGGGCUUUAUAUUUUUACAGACGCUCCUAACCAAUCCCUCAACAGAAAUAAAAUGGAGAAUCACUCUGAGGACCCGUGGCAGAGGGCGUACGACUUUGCAGUUGAAGUGGCACGAAAAGCAGGAGAGGAAAUUCGAAAAGCUGGCGAGAGUGAAAUCAAAGUCAUGACAAAGAGCUGCAUCGUGGACCUUGUCACGAAGACAGAUGAGAGAGUGGAGAAAAUCAUCAUUGGGUCUCUAAAGGAGAAAUUUGGAGAGGGCACACACUGCUUCAUUGGAGAGGAGUCGGUUGCAAAGGGGGAGCCGUGCAUCCUGACUGACAAACCUACCUGGAUCAUAGACCCCGUCGAUGGAACCACAAACUUCGUGCAUAGGUUCCCAUUUGUGGCUGUGUCUAUUGCCUUUGCUGUCAAUAAACAGUUGGAGUUUGGUGUGGUGUACAGCUGCCUGGAGGACAAAAUGUAUAAAGCAAGAAGAGGGAGGGGGGCUUUCUGCAACGAUGAACCCAUUCAAGUGUCUGACGUAAAAGAUAUCCACAAGUCCAUCAUCAUGUCUGAGUACGGAAUUGAUAGAAGCCCAGACAAAGUCAACAAGAUCUUCACCACCAUGCAGAAGAUYCUCUGCAUCCCAGUGCAUGGGCUCCGAGGGUCAGGGACAGCUGCCACCAACAUGUGUCUGGUGGCGACCGGCGCCGUCGAAGCCUUCUUUGAGAUCGGCAUCCACUGCUGGGACAUCGCUGCUGGAGCAGUCAUUGUUCAAGAGGCUGGAGGGAUCCUUCUGGAUGUUGAUGGGGGACCGUUUGAUUUGAUGUCUCGGAGGAUGGUCUGUGCAAACAAUUACAUCAUCGCCAAACGUAUCAUCAAGGAAAUUGAUGUAUUCACUGCCAGAAGAGAUGGAGCUCCAAUUCCAAAGCAGUGAGGGAACUCUGAAGGUCCACACUGAAUUUCCACAUACACUGGAGGGAAAAAAAACUGUUGCUUUUUAUUUAUAUAUUGCAUAUAUUAAGUUACUGUGAGCAAUCACCCUUGAUUGCUUAAGUUUGAAAGCUUGAUGUGAUUCAUUUUGUCCGUUUAUAUCAUUUCCUUCUUCAUUUGAAGCUUGGACUAAACGUGAUUGCUCCAUUGUGAUCUGUAUGUCAAAACAUUUUGAUUAAAGUGGGGGAGACGGCUGUAAUUUUGUACUCAACUGUUUGAUAUUUUUUGCAUAUUUUYCCCCCACCUUUUUUCAAAAGUAGCCAUUUGUCUGACCACAAAAGCAUUUACUGCAAAAAAUAAAAACCUUUUAAUCAA